AAUAUUGGGAUUGAUCAUGUCGUUCCGAUUUGGACAACACCUCAUCAAGCCCUCGUUUGUGUUUCUGAAGACCGAACUGUCCUUCGCGCUUGUAAACAGGAAGCCAGUGGUCCCUGGGCAUGUCCUUGUUUGCCCACUCCGGCCCGUGGAGCGUUUCCGCAAUCUGCGUCCUGAAGAAGUGGCUGAUUUAUUUCAAACGACACAAAUGGUUGGAAAUGUGGUGGAGAAACAUUUCUGUGGCACUUCACUCACCAUUUCGAUUCAGGAUGGUCCUGAAGCUGGGCAAACUGUGAAGCACGUUCAUGUCCAUGUACUUCCAAGGAAGGUUGGAGACUUCAGCAGAAAUGACAGUGUCUAUGAUGAGCUGGAGCGUCACGACAAAGGAGAAGAGGACACCCCUGUGAAGUGGAGGUCUGAGGAUGAAAUGGCAGCCGAAGCGGCAGGCCUGAGGAAAUAUUUUCAGUGAAAUCCGAGGUGAGCCAAUCUGGAACAAAUCCUGGAGCAUAAGAAAACCAAAAAAGGGACUAAUUCGCCAGUGCUCUGUGACUUUGGACCUGCAGCUAACCAGCUUAGAUGACAUUCUACAAACAAUGGAUUCAUCCAUGAAACACUUUAUUGUACCGUUGGAUAUCGGUGGGGUUGAAUUUCACCUAAGACGACCGAUAGACUGGAUUCAACACAACCUUUUGCAUAAUGGCUCAGAUUUUUGAAUGAUGUACUUGGGAGUGAAUCUUUUAAAAUUGGCCUUGGGCCUAAACUGAAAUUAAAUAUUAGCAGCAAUAUUUGUCUGGUGUGUUACACUACAUUUAUCUGGAUACAUUACAAAACAUUGGCUCCAUGUUGUGCCUAAC